GGUGGAACAAACUAAAACUCCCCCAACGGCAUUUGAGGGCAAAGCAAGUCGCUGUUACGAGACCUGGGGAGGUGAAGACUCACUGGGUUGAUGCUCCAAAGACUCGCAACGGUACAAGAUCUUGACAGCUGGUGAUGCGCGCAUGUUGAUGAAUUGAAGGGCAAAGAAGAACACACAAAAACAAGGGGACUUCUACGUUCUCGCCAUUGGGCCACGUGUUGCAUAUACGAGCGCUUGUUCGCGAAGGUGCAAUGUCCGAGUCGGACGCUUCUGAAUGCCACAGUGCCGACGCAGAAGCCCACACUUUGGACGUCGGCGGCGGCAGUCGAGAUGCCGACGCCGAUUUGACCAUGACGAGCAUCAAUCCCUUUUCAGCGUGCGCAUCUCCUGCAGGUGCCAGUCCGUCUACUCUCAGCCUCGACGAAACACCGCCGCCUGCGAACUGCGCCAGUGAGCAGGCGCGCGUUUCGGAGACCGUCGUUGUGAACACGUCCGAAAUCAGUGUCAACGCUGGUCCCGUGCCACCUGACCGAGAGAAUGAACAUGGCUCGCACGAAACACCAUCGCGUUACAAACUUGCCGAAAACGCACCGCGGGCUGACGACGCUGUUGAAAUAUCGUUCGUGGAGCCCGGCAACGUCUUUGUGGACUUGUCAGCAGAGCGGAACGCCGAUGCCACUUUAAGUGUGGACCAGCUUCCAAACACCAUUGUGAUCGACUGCGAUCUGUUGCUGGAGGCUGCGUAUCAACGGGCCACUCCGACUGUGCAAUCGGACAAACUUUCGUUCGAUGAACGUCCACCUUGCUCCAAAAACGGCGACACAGCCCCUGACGGAGCACACAAAGUUUCGCUGGAGCAACGACAAGGUUCUGUCACGCAAGAGGUGCGGCCGACCAAUGGGUCUGUGCGCUUAAGUCACUGGAAAAGUUUUCGGAAUUCGCUUGGCGCUGACAGCCUGUCUGUUCAAAGUUCAAUCAUAAACGACACCGAAUCUUACAUUCUCACACUCGGCAGGAAAGCCAGCGCUUGGGUAUCAAACGAGACUUACGUUCAUGAUUCUCAGCAGCAAUACAAUCAUCAUCAUCAGCAGCAGCAGCAACAACAGCGUGUAACUGCAAGUGUUACGCCAGCCAAGAAGGCCAAUCCACACAAGGAGAGAUUUUUCAGAUUUGGAAAGACUGUGCUAUGGGUGCUCUUCGCGAUAUUGUUGGUCGCCUUGUCACCACUCAUCAUGAUCGGAUAUGGGAUUUAUGCCUUCAUUAACUGCAUCGCUUGUCCAAAAGAAAGGUCCAAUGACACGGUCACCUAAACUACUGGCUUACAAAAGCUGCGUGUCGAAUAAAUCUGUCAAGACCCAGAUAUCUCCAAGUCACAGUUUCUGUCUGCGGGGAUCGCAUGUCCAAGAACAAACCCGUGCGCGAACAUUUACACAAGAAUAUUGUGAGUUUUUUUUUUAUCAAGACUGCAUCGAUAACAUCAUGCAAGUUAUAGCCAACCGUGCAAACUUAGUUGCAUUGCUUAGCGCCCCCGUUUACGUCAUCAACAAAUCCGUGCAUCAUGUGUAAUUCGUAUAUAACAGGAAAUAAUUAUCAUAUAUGUAUACAGGGGGGGGGGAGUGCGGAUGGCAGUGGUAAGUGCAUUGCGAUACGAACCGGAUAACCUGAGUUCAAUUUACAACGCGAAAAGAUAGCAUCAGCCCUAAAUUAUUAGCUGGUGCAGUGAAUUAAAUCUGUGGUGCUGGCCACCUCGAUAUUCGACUGUGUGUGAGCAUGGAACCAUCGUUGUAUAUAUAUACAAUAUGUGCGUGUACAUAAUAUAAUAGGUUUGACUUUGCAAACGGUAAGGCAAAUUGUUAAACACCAACGUUUAUCCUUUUGUCAAUUUUUUUGAUAUCAAAUGAAAUACUCUGGAAUGGAGGUUAAAUGAUGCAGCAUGGCAACUAUAAUAAUAAAAUACCCUUCGAAUGUUUUAUUUUUGAAAUAAAACUGUUGUGUUAAAACCAAACAAUUCUAAGAGAGAGAGAGAGAAAGGGUUAGCUAACAACUGGAACUUAAACUGUCAGGGUUGUGGAAAGUGGAAUGGCCGGGUGCUUUCAACCCAACGCAGCUGCCGUUGUGGAGAAGCUGUCAUUUUCAAUUGUCGAGGUCGAGUUUUGACCCUUUCAAUCUGGAAAUUUCACCUCCAGCACAGCCCCGUGGCAGGCUUGGGGCAUUUUGUGGGCAGAAGCCUCUGCUCUGUCAGCUACAACGGAUCGAAGGCAGGCGAUCCCCACGUGUCGCUAUGCUUUUGGUCAAAUCUGGUCGACAAACUGCAGGUGUUACUUUCACGGGUGUUAAUGCACAAUUAUCUAUAUCUGCAUAACUUGUAUUGGUCAAUUACUCGCAUUUAAGCACACAGACGUACAAAUUACGUACAAUGAUGUCGAGAUCGCGCUGUAUAUAGCACGCGAAUGAGGUUGAUGGUUUGAACUGCGUUCUGUUCGGCGCGAUGUCCAACGUUUCGCGCCGUGUGGUGGGGAGGUUCUCUUUCAGGAACAACAUUCAGUGCAUAUUAAAAAAAAUCUAAUUCAGUUCCCAAAGAAGCUCCAAGCAAGUGGCGCUAACACUUCGGACAUCGUGCCGAACAAAAACGCGCGGUACAACCCCAUCACCACAUCGGAGAGCUGUACAAGUUAUUUCUUACCUGUGUGGCAAUUUGACAUGGCCACAGUUACGCGAUGAUGAUAUACAAACGUCCAAAAGUGGCAUUAGCUCCGUCUGCACCAUCGGCAGUCAUUAUUACAGACACACACACACAUUUGCAGUUCAAUUGUGGAAUGCACAAUUUUUUUUUUCGCUCAGGGAUGUCCAAAUCCCACUGCCGUUCUCAAGUAUGCAUGGCCACAAGAUGCCAAAUAACUCCCCCCACCGCCUCUCCAAUGAGUAAACACAGGCUGUGGUGCAAUUAGUAAUAAUAUACAAGGUAAUCAAUAUGACGGGGACAAAGGAUGAGUUGGGUCAAGGGAGUCAUCAUAAGGCCUCAGUAAAGCCUCAUUUCUCAUAAAGGGGUCUUCUUGGCCAAAUCCUGUUUAUUUUCCGGUCAACUCGACAUUUUAACUCCCUAUUUAUUUAUUCCACCGCCAAAGCAGUUGUAAAUAUAUAUAAAAUCAAACAUUUUCAAACAUUUACAAACAUUCUGAGCAAUUGUACGUAAUGUACCCUAAUACAUUAAAGAUUGCGUGUAUUUUACAUAGCCGUGCAUCUUGAAUGCAAAUGGUUAGCAUUAGUAUGCACGGGCGUCGUACGGCAAUAAACACAGCGUGGAGUUUCAAAACGUAAGAGAGCUCAAAGACUGCAGCCUCCUCAAACCCACGGAGCGCGUUGUGGCUGUUGAACUCGUUUCCAGCGCCUCGAGUUACACAGAAUCGUGUAUUUUUCUUCGGGGCGAGAUAUCUUGGCAGUUAUUACGUGUGUUGUAUUGCUCCGCUGCUAUACAGCAUCCCUGUACGAAAAUGAAACUGUGAUUUAUUUAUUUUGUCUUCUUGGUUCUUUCGGUAAAGUCACGUAGAAGGGAAAUAAUAAUAAUAAAAAUAAUAAAGCAUAAUAAAAUACAAUUCUCACCAGUGAGACUUUACCGAAAGAACCAAGACGAUGAAUCCCUGCAGUCACGAAAGCUUUAAAUCGAAAUUUAUUUAUUUUGCUUUCAUGGUUACAAUGAGUAAAAUGGUAAUAUGUUUUGAGGUGCUUUCAUGGAAUUAUUUUACGUGGAAGGGGGGGGGGUGUUAAUUGUUUGUCAACUUUACAAUCAGCUACUGUGAAAUAAAUGUCUUCAAAUGUG